AUGCGACCAAAGAACGACGGCUCCGGCCCCAUGGGGAGCCCAGCCUCUGGGCUGGCCCUCAAGGUUGUCAUCAUGAGGGCAAGGAAUCUGGCAGCCAAGGACCGUAGCGGGACCUCGGAUCCGUAUCUCGUGGUUACGCUUGGCGACUCUCGUGUUGUCACCCACUCCGUCCCCAAAACGCUGAAUCCCGAAUGGAACGUUAUCGAAGAGCUGCCCAUCAACUCUGUACAGAGUCUGGUCCUCGAUGUCAUAUGCUGGGACAAGGACCGUUUUGGCAAGGAUUAUCUCGGAGAGUUUGAUUUGGCGCUCGAGGAGAUCUUCCAGAACGAACAGCCCGAGCAGGAGCCGCGCUGGUUCCCCCUCAAGAGCAAGCGUCCCGGCAAGAAGACGAGUAUUGUAUCCGGCGAGGUGCAGCUCCAGUUCACUCUGAUUGACACCACAGACCCUACCAUCUCUCACCAGCAGUUAUUUGAAAAGUUCUCUGCUCUUGUUGGCUCGGUCCCUGUCGGCUCGUCCCGAAACGUCACACCAACCGAGACCCCACUACUAUCCCCGAGCGGGACAACGCGAUUGGGAGUCACAUCCUCCCACGACGAGGAUGACGAUGAAGACGAUCUAACUGAGCUCGAGGAGGAUAUUGGUGACGAUGCUGAAGAUCCCUCCAAACCAGAGACUGCCGAGAAGCGCCGGCGGCGACUCCGCAUCAAAGGUUUGAAGAAGAAGAGACGGCAGAAUCCAUAUGCUUUUACCAAUGGCGACUCUGAUGUUGUGGGAAUCAUCUACCUUGAGGUCUCUAGGAUCACGGAUCUUCCGCCGGAGUCUAAUUUGACCCGGACAGGCUUCGACAUGGAUCCGUUCGUUGUAGCAUCUCUUGGCAAGAAGACGUACCGCACGAGGCGAGUUCGACAUAAUCUCAACCCAAUCUUCAAUGAGAAGAUGAUUUUCCCCGUCCAAGGCCACGAGAAGCAAUAUUCGUUUGCUUUCACGGUCAUCGAUCAUGAUAAAUACUCUGGCAACGACUUCAUCGCCUCGUGCAACCUGCCUAUUCAGACUCUUAUAGAAAAAGCGCCACAGGCAGACCCGGAAACGGGGUUGUACGAGGUCCGAACUCCAGAGCCGGGCCCGUCACCGGCGCCAGUUGCCACAAAAUCUCGUCUCCAACGUCUUGGAGUGUCUCGCUCUUCCUCAACAUCAAGCCUAAGCAAAAUGAUGCGGUCGCAAGGGCCACCCCCUCGAUCUGUUCCUUCAAACGGUGACGGAAGCGCUCCGCAAUCCAGUAGUACAUCAUUAUCGCCCGCGGAUGCCCUUAGUAACACUGCCGUUGAAGCACCAUCGGAGAUGGAUACAGAAGAUCCCGAUUUUGCAGAGUACUCUAUACCAUUGAAGAUGAAAAACCUGGACAAGUGGGAAAGCAAGCACAACCCAAUUAUCUAUCUCAGGGCCAAGUAUGUGCCGUAUCCAGCUCUCCGCCAGCAGUUCUGGCGAGCACUGUUGAAACAGUAUGACACAGACGAAAGUGGCCUCAUUAGCAGGAUUGAGCUGAGCACGAUGCUUGAUACUCUUGGCUCCACCCUGAAAGAUUCCACAAUUGACAGCUUCUUUCAACGCUUCCCUCACAAGGCUGCUGAUAAUGAAGACUCAUGGGAGCUGACCUUUGACGAAGCCGUCCUCUGUCUCGAAGACCAACUGCAAGCCAAGAGCCGAUCUGGACCUAAGACGCCUACCCUGGAUGUCAAGAACCUUAGCCUCUCUGGCAAGUCUGAUGAUUCGGCCGAGCAGCUAAGCUCCGAGGGCUCAGGAGAUUCGACGCCUCAGAUUAUGGUCGAGCCACCACCCGAGGCUACCACGCCAAACGACGAAGGGGAGGAGGGCUAUUUUGACAGAGAAGACAGCAAGGAAGAACACGUUGUGGAGGUUCGGGAAUGCCCCAUCUGCCACCAACCUCGUCUCAACAAGCGCAGCGACGGCGAUAUCAUUACACACAUUGCUACAUGUGCUAGUCAAGACUGGCGCCAAGUCAAUACUGUUCUUGCGGGAGGUUUUGUAACGGCCAGCCAAGCACAAAGGAAAUGGUACUCGAAAGUCAUUACCAAAAUAUCCUACGGUGGAUAUAAGCUUGGCGCCAACUCGGCGAAUAUUCUGGUUCAGGAUCGCCUCACGGGGCAGAUUAACGAGGAGAAGAUGAGCGUGUAUGUGCGGUUGGGCAUUCGACUACUUUACAAGGGCCUGAAAUCGCGAGAUAUGGAGAACAAGCGCAUUCGGAGAAUGUUGAAGAAUUUGAGCAUUAAGCAGGGCAAGAAGUUUGACGACCCUGCUUCGCGAGACGAAAUCGAAAAGUUCAUCGACUUUCAUCGACUGGACAUGUCUGAGGUCUUGUUGCCGAUUGAGGAAUUCAAGAAUUUCAACGAAUUCUUCUACCGUGCGCUUAAGCCUGGAGCCAGGCCGUGCUCAGCGCCGGACAACCCUCACAUUAUUGUCUCGCCGGCGGAUUGUCGAAGCGUUGUCUUCAACCAAAUCACGCAGGCGACCAAGAUUUGGGUCAAGGGCCGCGAAUUCAAUAUGAAGAGGCUACUUGGAGACGCUUACCCGGAUGACGUCUCGCGAUUCGAGAAUGGCGCUCUGGGCAUCUUUCGACUAGCGCCACAGGAUUAUCACAGAUUCCACAUUCCCGUGGAUGGUGUCAUGGGUAAGCCCAAGACCAUUGCCGGCGAGUAUUACACGGUCAACCCGAUGGCAAUUCGUUCAGCAUUGGAUGUUUACGGCGAGAAUGUGAGAGUACUCGUGCCGAUCGACAGCGAUGUCCACGGGCGGGUCAUGGUCAUCUGUGUCGGUGCCAUGAUGGUGGGCAGCACAGUUAUUACACGCAAUGAAGGCGAGCGUGUGCAUCGCGCUGAGGAGCUCGGAUACUUUGCAUUUGGCGGUAGCACCUUGUUGGUGCUAUUUGAACCUGGCAAAAUGCGAUUUGAUGAUGAUCUCGUGGAUAACUCUAAUGGAGCUCUCGAGACAUUGAUUCGAGUCGGCAUGUCAGUUGGUCACUCGCCUAACCAAGUACAGUGGGCUCCAGACAUGCGGAAGAAUGAUAAGGACAUUACAGAGGCAGAGAAGCAGGAUGCCAAGCGACGAAUUCAGGGCAGCAUGGCAAUGGAAGAAGAGUCACCCGGCGACAGCGGCGAUGAUGGCCGACACAAGAAGAGAAGGUCUCUCCCGCCCACUGUCAAUACGAUGGCAGCAUCUUCCCUGUAG